AGACUUUGAAAGUUAUGAUCGAAUUGAUCUUUUCUUUCAUUUACUUUUCUUUCUAACGUGUUCGAAUUAGGAUACCUACUUAGGUAUCCAAAGAUGAGUUACACGAGGAAACCGGAUGUUUAGUUGCUCAACGUCAGCGCCUCGCAACCACAUAGCUCCUUCUGCUAAGGAAAUGCACUUUUGUGUACGGUGUUUCACUUGAACAGUCUGACAGUACAGAUUUCAGUGCAAUGCCGAGCCACAGUGGAGUGCGAUUAAUGAUCCACAAACACAUCCUUGUCCCCCUGACAUAUUACGCAUAUUACGGUCUUGGGGGUCUUGGUCGCCUUGGUGUUGCUAAUGAUUAUUACCGAAUCUCCUAAACCUCGCCUAUUCCAGCAUUUCGCAAACCUCACGAGACCACUUGAUAAGGCCAGCUUUUCUCCCAGCUCGCCAUGUUCGCAACAACGCUCGGGUAACAACAAAACCUAAACAUUGGUAUCUAUAAUAGAUAAGCACCAUUAGAAAAACAAUAGAUAUCGCGAACCCGAAGACGAAGACGAUUGGGCUGAUAGCCCCGACAAACCGGACAAUAUGUCGAGAUGGGCUGGGCAACCGUCCAUAAAGGGCAGCACUGAAGCCGUGCGUAUGGCUCUGCUAACCCUCAACACCAUCGGCAUAACGUUCGUUUGGGGAGUAGAACAGACCUAUUGUACUCCAUACCUUCUUUCCCUCGGCUUGACGAAAAGCAAAACCUCCUUGGUUUGGAUCGCCGGACCGCUUUCAGGACUCAUUGUACAACCUAUCGUUGGCGCAUUAGCGGACGAAUCGACAUCGAAAUGGGGGCGACGCAGACCUUUCAUCGUUAUCGGCUCCAUACUAUCGGCCUUUUGCCUUCUCACAUUGGGCUUCACAAAGGAGAUAGUCGAAUUCUUCGUCCCCAAUCACCAUACAACGCAAACCGUUACAAUAUCAACAGCUGUGUUGGCUAUAUACGCGGUUGACUUCUCCAUCAAUGCUGUAAUGUCCGCGGCAAGGAGUUUAGUCGUUGAUACGCUUCCAAUCGAAAAGCAACAAACGGGUUCCGCCUGGGGUAGCAGAAUGUCAGCGAUUGGUCAUGGAAUCGCUUAUGCGACCGGCGCGGUUGACUUGCCCUCAAUUCUUGGGACAUCCUUAGGCGAUACUCAAUUCAAGCAAUUGACCGUCAUCGCCGCUUUGGGGCUUGUUUUCACCUGCGGAGUCACUUCCUGGGCUGUCACGGAAAGGAUCUUGAUCGCCCCAAGACACGAUCCUCGCAGGGAAGAAGGGGGAUUUAAGGUUAUCAGCCAGAUCUGGUCGACUAUUGUAAAUCUUCCGCCCCGCAUACGAGCAAUCUGUAUGGCGCAAUUCUGGGCGUGGAUUGGAUGGUUCCCCUUUCUCUUCUACAGCACAACGUGGAUAGGGGAGACCUACUUUCGCUACGAUGUCGUGCGUGACGCGAAAGAUUCGGGGGAUGCAUUAGGUGAGAUUGGUAGAGUUGGAAGCGAAGCUUUCAUUAUUUACUCAAUUAUUACCUUUCUGGGGUCGUGGAUCCUGCCCAUGGUCAUUAAGUCUCCGGAUGACGAGAGUUAUACGCAACGUCCCCCAGAGGCACUCAGGGGCGUCGUUGAGAACUUCAAUAAGUAUAAGCCAGAACUCCUAACAGCGUGGAUGUGGGGCCACGCAACUUUUGCGGGUGCUAUGCUGUUCGCUCCAUUUGCCAAGAGCUUCAGGUUUGCGACCUUCCUCGUUUGCCUAUGUGGAUUGCCUUGGAACAUAGCGUCAUGGGCGCCUUCUGCCUUCCUUGGGGUAGAGGUUAACAAGCUGAGUGGUGCGACUGGACCCAACGCCUCAUACCGUCGCCUAUCGCAUAGUUCGCCCAUAGAGAUGGAGGAAAACAAUGGGUCCAUCUUAGAUCCGGACGAUUCACGUAGUGCAUCUAAAUCAAAUACCACAGGCCAAUUGUCCGGUGUUUAUUUCGGCAUUCUAAACAUCUACACGACGAUACCCCAAUUCAUCGGCACAAUUCUCAGUACCAUUAUCUUUAGCAUUCUUGAACCAGGCAAGAGUCCAGAGUUAGCGCAUAGCGCACAUCCAAACGAACACCACGGAACCGACGGGCCUAAUGCGAUCGCCGUAUGUCUGUUCAUCGGGGCUUGCAGCGCCAUCGUAGCCGUAUUCGCGACACGGAAGCUGAAAUAUUUGUAACGCCCACCUGUAUUAGACUUUAUGGUAUGGAUAGACGGUAGCAUUAUGGGACAAAAAAUUACUUCUAUUAUGACUUUGUAAUGGCUCUGGGGGUGCGUUGUAAAACGGGCUUGGUGGAUAGGGCGUUUAGGGGGUUUGGUUUAGGGGUACGGUCGUCAACCUAGAAUUGAUUUGAAUUUCAUUGUGUUACGACAA